AUGAAGUUCCCUGCUCUUUCCUCCCUUAUUGGGAUUGUCACCAUCGCCUUUUGGUUCACUGGAACUGCCAUGGCUGAGGGUACCGAUACAACACCCAAUCUUCGUGGCUACGAUACCAGCAGCGCCAUGCAAGCAUUGAAGGGCGAACCUUUGGUGCCCCAGGGUCAACGCCGACUUCCAACGAAUAGCAAUAAUAAUAAUAGGAACAAGAAGAAGAACGAUGAUGAAGACGACGAAGAUCGCGGAAGAGGAAGGGAUGACGCAGACCAUGAAGACAACUCGGUAGGCGGGAAAAGGCGUCGUCGCUCUGGCGACAACGACAGGCACCGCAGGAAUUCCCGUGGCCGUCGUCGUGGCGGCCGCGACAAUGAUCGAGACAGGAGGAAGCGUCGAGGUGAUGAUGAGGAAGAUUACGGUCGUGCUCCCAAUCGUGGCGAUAAUGGAAACGAUGAACGAGGAGGAGGUGGUGGCAGAAUGUCAGACGCCGAGAUGGCCAAGGCAGUUCAAAAGGAACUGAAGAAGCAAGCCAAGAAAGAGCAAGCGAGAAAGGAAAAGAUCCGUGAGGUGAAGGAGCAGCUUGCCAAGGCCAUUGAGAAUGCAGUGGACGAGGAGGUGGACAGAGCUGUUUCCAAAGCGGUUGCCAAGAUGCUCAACGAUGUCGAUACGAUGGAUGCUAUGCAUGGUCUUCGCGAUGCCAAUGUGGACGACCAGCACUUGAGCAAGAAUUUCAACAAGCACUUUUAUGACCCCUCCACGGAUUCGUACACCGACCCGGAGGCUGCCAAGCACGUGGUACAGAACAAUCCGGAAAUUGUGCAUGACAUGCAAGUGUCGGCCAAUUCCAAUUCGCCUUGA